AGUGGAACUGGCUUCAGUAAGGUUGAGGGGGCUAGACAGAGGGAGAUAUGAACAUACAUUUUUAAAGGAACUGGCCAUAAUCAAAACAUUUUUUUUUUGUAGGCUACUCAAACAGCAACAGUUUAAUACUUUAUAAAUGUUCCCGUUAGUUUUGAAAUAACACAGUACUGUUGUGUUGCGUGCAGGUAGGGAGGCGGGGUAGUGAGAGGGCAACGAUGCUGAAUAGUGCCCCCUCCCCUCCCCCUCCCACUGCAGCCCACUCCUCGGUCGUGCACUGACUUCCAGGGGAAACCGCUUUGUUACGAACUGUAUCCACAUUUUACGCGGGUUACUCAAGUCCGCCUCAAUUAAAAAAUACAGCAGGACUAACCGGACGACGGCGGCAGUGGUAACAGCGACGGCUCCUGCGAGAGAUAGCCCUACCUGGAGACGCCAGGACCCGGGGCAGUCAUGGCAGCGAACAUGUACCGGGUUGGAGAUUAUGUUUAUUUUGAAAACUCAUCCAGUAACCCACUGCUGAUCCGGCGGAUAGAAGAGCUCAACAAGACUGCCAAUGGAAACGUGGAGGCUAAAGUGGUGUGUUUCUAUCGACGCAGGGACAUCUCCUCGACACUCAUCGCCCUGGCCGACAAACACGCACGAGAGCUGGAGGAGGAGAUGGAGAACCCGGAGUUGAACCCAGUUGACCUGCCAGAGAAACAGAAACACCAGCUGAGACACAGAGAGUUGUUCCUGUCCCGGCAGCUAGAGUCAUUACCUGCUACACACAUCCGGGGGAAGUGUUGUGUCACUCUGCUCAAUGAGACUGAGGCUCUGAAAUCAUAUCUGGACCGGGAGGAUGCGUUCUUCUACUCCCUGGUCUACGACCCCCAACAGAAGACUCUGCUGGCUGAUAAAGGGGAGAUCAGGGUGGGGAACAAGUACCAGGCAGACAUCACAGACUUCCUUAAAGAGGGUGAGGAGGAUGGCAGGGACCUGGCCGAGCUGGAGGAGAGGGUGUGGGACCCCAGCAGUCCCCUCACAGAGAAACAGAUCGACCAGUUCCUGGUUGUGGCUCGGUCAGUUGGUACCUUUGCGCGGGCUCUAGACUGCAGUAGUUCUGUCCGGCAGCCCAGUCUUCACAUGAGUGCUGCUGCUGCCUCUCGAGACAUCACCCUGUUCCAUGCCAUGGACAGCCUGGAUAAGACGCGUUAUGACAUGACGCGGGCCAUCGCUGCACUGGUUCCCCAGGGAGGGCCUGUUCUCUGCCGGGACGAGAUGGAGGAGUGGAGCGCCUCCGAGGCCAACCUGUUUGAAGAGGCCCUGGAGAAAUACGGAAAAGACUUCACAGACAUACAACAGGACUUUCUCCCCUGGAAAUCCCUGACCAGUAUCAUAGAGUACUACUAUAUGUGGAAGACCACAGACAGAUACGUACAGCAGAAACGGUUAAAAGCAGCAGAAGCAGAGAGCAAGUUGAAGCAAGUCUACAUCCCCAACUACAACAAGCCCAACCCCAACCAGCUGAGUGUUAACAGUGUAAAGCCUGGAUGUGUGGGAGGCCUGGUGAACGGCUCCGGGGCGGCAGCUGGAGCCGCAGUCGGAGCCGGGGGUUUGCCUGGAGCCCUGGGGGUGAUAUCAGUUCCCCCAGGACAGACCCCAGGUCUGGGCCGCGCCUGCGAAAGCUGCUACACCACCAGCUCGUACCAGUGGUACUCGUGGGGUCCCCCCAACAUGCAGUGUCGUCUAUGUGCCUCCUGCUGGACCUACUGGAAGAAGUAUGGAGGACUGAAGAUGCCAACCAGACUAGAAGGAGAGCGACCUGGACCCAACCGCAACAACAUGUCUCCUCACAGUGUUCCCAUGCGUCACGGUGGGAGCCCCAAGUUUGCUGUCAAGACGAAACAGGCCUUCUACCUACAGACCACCCAGGUGACACGCGCCGCCCGACGAGUUUGUCAGGACAUCAUCAGACCGCGCUUCCUCGCCCGACACCCUUACCUCCCUCUCAAUACAGCCCAAAUCAAACAAGAGUGUGCGCUGCGGUUGCCAGACGAGCCCAAAAAGCCCUUGCCGCUGAAGCCAGUUGAGAGGAAGCCUCUGGAGUCUGUUGUCCGAUAUCUAGAGGCCCACCCGUGCCCUCCCAAACAUGACCCCCCGCGUGGCCAGACGGUCACCACGGGUAGCCUGACGCCCAUCAAGUCCACACCCAACAUCCUCAACAACGGCUCGCCCACCAUCCUGGGCAAACGCACCUACGAGCAGCACAACGGCAUUGAUGGUAUGAAGCCCAAAGCCCCUCAGUGGGAUAUCAUGGCCAAGAGGACCGCUGAGCCAGGCCGGACCACCUCUGCCCCUAUGCAGCAGGUACAUGAGCUGGACUGACUGACCACAGCAGGAACCUCACUACAACCUUUACACAAAGGUAAAUGAAACGGGGAAUGUAUUUUUCCACAUCCAGAGAUGGAGUUGGGGGGGGAUUUGAGUGGAGGAGGGCUGACAGCCGCAGCACCAUCAUUGAUUGUCCAUCAUCUCACCCAAUCGGCACGAGCCUGCAAAACUGUCAAAGACCAAUGGACCAAUUGUUUUUGGGAAUGGAAGGAGUGGCUCUAAGGCUUUGGCCUAUCAGAAGACUUCCUGACUCUACAGGACUGUGUUUAUUACUUAACCUUGUUAUUACUGUCGUCAUUGUAAUUAUAAUUAUUAUUAUUAUUUUUUUUACCAACUAUAACCCGACAGCUUAUCAGUUUAAUUGUUAAUUAAAAAAACGCUAACUUAAAGUUUCAUGACAACUUCUUGGCGUUGUUGCGUGGAAAACCCCUGUGGAAAAGGGUGAAAGAACGACUGUAUUGUAAUAUAAGCCAUUUGCAAAAAAAAAUGUUUUUUUUUUACAUGUUUAUUAAAUACACAACAAUGAGAAAUAAUUUCAAUGACAUAAGAAUAAUUCCUUGGUUGUUAUUGUUUAUUCUUUUGAAAGCUUCUAGAGUUUUCUGAUUCUGUUUUUUUGUGAGCAGGCCCGACCCUAUUUGGCCCGAGAGGUUUAACUUAUUGAGAAAAACUGAAACAUGCUGUUUUUUCUACCUUUUUCACAAGUAAUGCAUUUAUGCUUCAAUGAUGUAAUUAAAAAGAUGAUUGAUUUUU